AUGGAAGUGCUGCCGGCUAAAUAUAUCUUACCCAAAUGGAAGAAGCAGCCGGCUCUAUAUCAGAAAAGUGUCCAGGCGUGCGAGCUGCCGGCCGUGCAGAGCGAGCACAGCCACUACGUGUGCGACGACAAGGGGGAGCCCAAGUGCCUGCCCGGCUGGCAGGGCGACCUGUGCGACGUGCCCAUCUGCAAGAGAGGAUGUGAUCCGAUGCAAGGCUAUUGUAAGAGGCCAGGAGAGUGCAGAUGUAAGUUGGGCUUCUACGGCGAGCGUUGCAACAAGUGCAUCGCGCUGCCGGGCUGCCAGCACGGCUACUGCAAUGUCUCCUUCGAGUGCAUCUGUAGAGACGGGUGGGACGGUAUCUUCUGUUCUGAACUGAGUUAUUUUCCAGCGAUCUGUCGCUCGGACUGUCACGCGACGCGCGGUUUCUGCGAGUCUCCGGGCGAGUGCCGCUGUAAGCUGGGCUGGUCGGGGCCCACGUGCCGCGCCUGCCAGCCGCUGCCCGGCUGCCAGCACGGCUACUGCGAUAAGCCUCUGGAGUGCAAGUGCUUGCCAGGAUUUACUGGAUUGUUGUGUCAAACUCCAAUUUGCUCCCCUGGGUGUCACGGCGAGCGCGGCUACUGCCGGCGGCCGGGCGAGUGCCGCUGCAAGGUGGGCUGGACCGGCGCCACGUGCAAGGAGUGCCACCGCUACCCCGGCUGUCUGCACGGCACCUGCAACCGCCCCUGGGAGUGCAUCUGCAAGGACGGCUGGGGCGGCAUGCUGUGUGAUGAAGAACUAAAUUAUUGCGAGAAGAACCCAGAGACUUGCAAGAAUGGAGGAAAAUGUCAAUCUCUAGAAUCUAGAGACGGUUCCUUCAGGUGCCAGUGCCCGCCCGGCAUCAGCGGCAAGCGCUGCGAAAACCUGCCCGACACCACCACCACACCUACCACCACUGCCACUAAUUCUACAGAAGCUGUCGAAGCAAUUGAAGAUCUUGGUGACAAAGUUGAAAAUGAAGAUAUAGAAGCUAUUACUGUGAAAAUAAAUACGACUGAAACUAGCGAUGAAAAUGAGACUGACGACACGUUUCAGGACGUAUUCGGGGAA